GGGCAGCGGAAUUAUUCAUUCUCUCUCAUCAGCUUCAGAGAUGGAGAAGAAUCCCUUUGUUCAAGCGGGAGCCUUGUCCACUGACUUGGGUGAGAUUCCGCAUGCCUCUCCGUUUCCUACUCCCUUUGAUCAAGCUGGAGCAAUUGAUGGUGGCGUGGAUCAAUUGAAGGAUUCUUGUCGUUUUAUUCCGCUAUGUCAAAUAUUAAAAGCGACUAAUGACUUUGACGAUGCAUUAGUUAUUGGAACUGGGGGAUUUGGUAAGGUAUACAAAGCAAACAUUGACGACGGUGCUACAACCACCAUUGUUGCCAUAAAGCGGUUGAGUGCUGUGUCUAAUCAAGGCGCUGAAGAAUUUUGGACAGAGUUAAAGUUGCUUUCAAAGUUCCGGCAUGCUAAUCUCCUUUCGCUCAUCGGUUAUUGCAACGAGAAUCAGGAGAUGAUUAUUGUUUACGAAUAUAUGGCUGGGGGGACUCUCGCCAAUUAUCUUUACAAAACAAGUACUAGAGAAGAAAGCGGUGGAAGUAGAUCUCACCUAACAUGGGAGCAAAGGCUCAACAUUUGCCUUGACGUUGCACGUGGGCUCGACUACCUUCAUAAUAGUACCUUACCAGGUAUCAUACACCGAGACGUGAAGUGCACAAACAUUUUGUUGGACGAGUAUAUGGUAGCAAAGGUUUCUGAUUUAGGAAUAUCCAAAAGCAUGGCUACCUAUUUAACAACCCAUGUUAGCACAAACGUCAAAGGAACGUUUGGAUAUUUGGAUCCCGAUUACUUCCUCACCUGUCGACUAACCAAGAAAUCUGAUGUUUAUGCCUUCGGUGUGGUGUUGUUGGAAGUCUUGUGUGGUCGGCUAGCGAUAGAUACAAGACUCGACGACAAGCAAAUUAAUCUAGUUAAUUGGGCAAAAAUGAUAAUCAAAAAGGGAAAGCUUGACAGAAUCAUUGAUCCCUUUCUGAAUGGAGACAUAUCACCACAUAGUCUUGAGUACUUUGCCGAACUUGCCAACAAGUGUUUACAUAAUCAAUCAAAGAAAAGGCCUACAAUUGCUGAAGUAGUGGAGAGCCUUGAGAUUGCAUUGGUGUCUCAUAAGCGUAAGGGAAGGUCGCAGGGAACUAUUGCAAAGGCGUGGACGUUACAACAAGGAGGAGGAGAGAUUGUGGGGCCUAUAGCCUUAUCAUCAAGUGAAUUUGCUUCUGCAAACAACAAAGCACAGCGUGUCGGACGAGAUAAAAGCGGCUCUGUUGUCUCUGAUUCUAAGAAGAAAAGAACAGGAGAACAAGAAGACUGCGAAGAGAUAAAUACGAGUGUUACUUUAGAUGAUCUUCGACAACAUUAUGGCCGUAAACGUGGAGAUGUUGCGGAGAGCCUUGGCGUUAGUGUAUCCACGCUUAAACGCAUUUGUAGGCGGUUCGGGAUCCAGCGGUGGCCAAAUAAUAUCAGAAGAAAAAAAGCCGGGAGGCCUCCUGAUCAACAUGGAGAAAAGAAUCCAUCACCGACUUGCAAGACGCUGUUAAGUAAUGGGCAGACCGAGAUGGAAAAUGAAUUUGUUGGUCACCUUGAGGAGACGAAUGAGUUUCUCCCUGAUUUUGUUGAAGGCCCAAACGAAGCAGGGGUUUCCUCUGAAUGUGAGUUUCAACUGAAAAAUCAAUGGUCGCGGUUCAGCGCUUAUCCAAAUUCCGAUGGUCCUGUUGUUCCACACCCUCAUAUGGCAUCAACACAGAUCCUAGGUGAGAAUAUGGAAAGUUUAGGAGAUUUGAGAAAUUUGUUUGCUUCACUGGAAGAGUCUCUUCUGCAAGGACAUGUCUCUGGAUCUAUGUGGACAGUCCCUCCAUGUUUAGGUCAAGCUCCGAGCCAACUCAUGCCUACUAUUGCCCACACAAUGGGAAGUUCAGAUGAUUUGAGAAAUUUGUUACCUUUAGUGGGAGAGCAUGUCUCUGGAUCUAUCAACUGGACAGUCCAUCCAUGUUCUGUUCCAGCUCUGAGUCAACCCAUGCCUACUAUUGCCCACACAAUGGGAAAUUCCGAUGAUUUGAGAAAUUUGUUAGCUUUAGUGGAAGAGCCUUUUCCGGCUAGACAGGCCUUUGGAUCUGUUAGCUGGACAGGUCCUUCAUGUUCUGAUCCAACUCUGAGCCCACUCAUGCCUACUAUUCCCCACACAAUGCCUACAAUUCCCCGCAUGAUGCCUCUUCUCACAGAAAGGCAAGGUAUGAGAUCCGUGAAGCUAAAGGCAACAUAUGGGGAUACUACAAUAAAAUUUAAUCUCCCUCUCACUUCUGGAAUUAGUGAGUUGAAUAAAGAAGUGUUAAAGCGACUGGAGUUCGAGCCGGGUAGGUUCAGAGUUGAGUAUGAGGAUGAGGAUGAGGAUGGGGUCUUAAUUUUAAUAGCAUGCGACGAGGAUGCAAGGGAUUAUCUGCAAUUUCUCACCUCAUCGGGAAAUCAAGUAAUGAAACCAUUGGUUCUUAAAAAGGUCCCCAACACCACGAAUGUUGGUAAAAAUCAUUGAAGCGGAAAAGACAACAGGUAUGUUCAGUUGUAGAAAUAGUAUUUAUUGCAUGGAUGACACCAGUUCCAUGUUCUUUGUGUAACGGAACAUUUCCUUGCCAAAAUUUCCCAUCAAACCUGCUAAAUUAGUAUAUUUCCAGUAAUGCUACCUUUAGUAGGGGCUCUCUUUGUUUUGGCCCUGGUUUUACCUGAAUUUAGCCAGUGAUAUCUGUGCUUAAGUCUCAUUCCAUUGAGUUUCAUUUUACCUUCUCCUGAUGCGGGGAAUCUUCGUGUUCACCAUCAUUGUUACAUGAUGUGUGCGUGCAUGGUGAUGACGAUAAGAUUUUGGGGACCAUGGGCCUUUACGAUAUUGUUGCAGGUGCAUUGAUGGAGGAGCUCAGUGCUAAAUUGUUGUUCUGCAGUAGUCUGUUUGACAUUAUGCAUUUUUCACAUCC